CUUUAUUUCAGUUAACAAUAAGGAUUGUAAGACUUUUUAAUCUCGUUCAUAAUAGAAGCAUCACUAGCUUGGCUUGACUUUUGUUCUUAAAGGACGUGAUCAACCUAAAAUCAGUUUUGACAAGUAAUUAUGCAGAUAUACAUCAGCAGGCUGCACAUAUGCAUUUAGCGCUAACCUUUCAUCAAUCUCAAUUAAAGUAACAAAAACUCUAUAUUCAGCAUUGAUAUUCAGGCGCUGAUCUUUUAGCGCCAUCUAAAGACAUCUUUUUACUGCAACCUAAAUGACGCGUGUACAGUCUGUCAGAAAGCCGGAAGUGACCUCUGUUUAUCUGCUCUAUUGUAAAUGACACAUGGGGAAGAGGUCGCACCUGCAGUAUGAAAUAAACGUUUAUGAUCAUAAUGCUAUUUUGAAUAGCUGCUAUUCACAUAGAUUACGCAAGGUUGUGUAAAUAUGACACAGAAGACUGUAACUGUAGACACGCGCCUGCUGCAGGAGCGCUUGUAAAAUGGGCUUCCAGGUCAUUCUCUAUGUUCCCAACCUAAUUGGUUACAUCCGAAUCCUUCUUGUUCUCAUUGCCUGGAUUCUGUAUAGAGACCCACAUUGUUUUGUGCCCUUGUAUGUGUUAUCUGUUAUUCUGGAUGGGGUUGAUGGAUGGGUGGCACGUCGACUGCGUCAGACCUCUAGGUUUGGUGCAUGGCUGGACGUGGUCAUUGAUAAUGUAGGACGUGGGAUGAUCUGGAACAUGCUUUAUGAUUGGGGCUGGCUGGUGUCUUCAGUGGAGUGGUGUGUAUUUGUGUGCAACCACAAUGCAAGAGGUGCACAGUGGAAGAAUUCUUUCUCAGAGAGUCCGGUUUGGGUGCAAGCUGUGAUGGCAAAUGGCUUCAAGACUCCGUUGGGCAUUCUGACAGUAGCAGGGCUCCAUGUUUUGCCCGUGUGGCUGUAUGUUUUCCAGCAUGAGGUGUUGUCUCAGGCUCUCUGUGCACCAAACUGGCUGCAGAUUGUGGGGAUUCUGGUGCUUGCAGCAGGACGAGUGCUGGGCUUUGCAGUUGAGAUGUGGUGCAUUUCAACCCACCUGAAAUGUCUACUGAAAGAUGAAGAGGAAGAAAAGAACAACUAAAAGUCUAAGAUUCAUAUUUUAUGAGGCUACUGCACCUGAAAAGCACUUCAUCUCUUUGAGUGAGCAUGCUGAAUCUAACGUAUCAAGGAGGUAAUGUUACUGCGUACUAAUGUUGUUUUCACUUGAAUAUAUUUUAAAGUGAGAUAUAUUUAUGCCAGAGUCCUGGAAUGCAGUGUUUAGAAAGAGAAGCCCACUGCACUGUAAUAGAUACAUUGUUAGUGAGGUUUGGUCAAUGCAUUUGUUGUAUAUUUAUUGUAUAUGGGGUUAAUAAUGGCAAAUUUAUGGCUUAAAUUCUCAGGAUAUGAAAAAACUGAUGAAAUGUACUUGUUACUACAUCUACAGCAAGCUUGAAAUUAUUUAUACCCCUGGCAAAUUACAUUUAUUUAACCAGCAAGAAUUACUUUUGUCUGGAAAUGACACAUGCUUCUCUCAAAAGAUAAGAUGAUGUACAACAGGCAUCGAGGAAAAUUUUCUUUUUUUGUUUAAGUAGAAUAGUUCUUUAACCCUUUACUACCCCACCAAGAGAAAAAUGGAUUGCAUUUCUUAACUCCUAAUGUCACUAGUUAACACACUUGAUGCAGUUUUUUCCAACACAUCCCAUAAUUUCUAAAAUAUAAGCCUC